AUGUCUGACAUAGCAGAAAGAAUAGCUGCAGCUCGUAAGGAAGCUGAAACUUUAAAAGAAAAAAUCAAAAUGAAAAGAGAUUCGAUUGUAAUGAAAAUUCGUCGUACACUUAAAGGACAUCUUGCCAAAAUUUAUGCGAUGCAUUGGGCAUCAGAUCAAAGGCAUUUGGUAUCUGCAUCACAAGAUGGUAAACUUAUUGUUUGGGAUGCACCAACCACCAACAAAGUUCAUGCUAUUCCGCUUAAAUCGUCAUGGGUGAUGACAUGUGCUUAUGCACCAACUGGAGACUUUGUUGCUUGUGGAGGUCUUGACAACAUAUGUUCUAUAUAUAAUUUGAAAACAAAAGAAGGCUCUGUCAAAGUUGCCAGAGAAUUAGCGGCUCACACCGGCUACCUUUCUUGUUGUCGGUUCAUUAGUGAUAGACAAAUAUUAACGUCGUCAGGUGAUAUGACUUGUAUGCUUUGGGAUAUUGUUGCUGGUAUGAAAGUAUUAGAGUUUAACGAUCAUACUGGUGAUGUAAUGAGUCUGUCACUUGCUCCGAGUCAACAAAUUUUUGUUUCUGGUGCUUGUGAUUCUACAGCAAAAAUUUGGGAUAUUAGAACUGGCCAUUGUGUGCAAACAUUCACUGGACACGAAUCUGAUAUAAAUGCUGUACAAUUCUUUCCCAAUGGUGAUGCAUUUGGAACAGGGUCUGAUGAUGCAUCUUGUAGAUUAUUUGAUCUUCGUGCAGAUAGAGAACUUAAUCAAUACACUCAUGAUAAUAUUCUUUGUGGAAUUACUUCAGUUGCGUUUUCAGUUUCUGGGCGUCUUCUUUUUGCUGGUUAUGAUGAUUUUAAUUGUAAUGUAUGGGACACAUUAAAAGGUGAACGUGUUGGUGUUUUAGCAGGUCAUGAAAAUCGUGUGAGUUGUUUGGGUGUAUCUGAUGAUGGUAUGGCUUUAUGUACGGGUAGUUGGGAUUCAUCAUUAAAGGUUUGGGCUUGA